ACUGCGUGUCAGGCCCGUGUCCCUUCGGAGAGGUCCAUCUCCACCCCCCGGGGCUGCCUCGCCUCAACAGGACCUUCACCUGGGACGUGAGGGCGAGCACAAAGGCUGGGCUGGAGCUGAGGUUCUCGCCGCCGUGGCUGCGGCAGGUGGAGCCGGGGGAGCGGUGCCCGGGCUCUGUCCGCUACAGCAUCCGGAGCUGCAUCGACACGGCCGCCGUCAGCAUCGGCACCUUCUGCAGCAACGGCUCCAUCUCCAGGGUCAAGCUGCUGGGAGGGGUCCUCCUGUCCCUGCACCUCCCCUGGGACUCGCCUCUCCCCACCUCGGGCUUCCACAUAGCUAACAGGGCCUCCAUAAAGCGGUUAUGCAUUAUUGAAUCCACUUUGAAUGGGGAGUCUUCAAUCACUCUGAUGUCUCCCAACUACCCACUGGGCUUUCCAGAAGACGAGCUCAUGACGUGGCAGUUUGUGAUUCCUUCCAACAUGAGAGCAAGCGUCUUCUUCCACAACUACAGCCUCUCCAACUGUGAAAGGAAAGAGGAGAGGGUGGAGUACUACCUCCCUGGCUCCCCCAGCAACCCGGAGGUGUUCAAGCUGAGCGACAGCCAGCCUGCCAAUAUAGCUGGCAGUUUCAACCUGUCCCUGCAGGGCUGUGAUCAGGACGCCCAGAAUCCCGGUGUCCUCCGCCUGCUCUUCCAGGUCAUCGUCCAGCACCCCCAGGUUGAUGAGA